GGACAGUGAGGGGGGCGGGCGGCGGGCGGGGGGAUGAUGUUGAAGACCCCCAAGCCCCCGGGCCGAGCUCUCUCCUGUGAAUACUGGAUCGACGACUCGCACAAAUCCAGCGCUUUUGAGGAUCACUACGAUCUGGAAGCGGAGUUGGGACGCGGUGCCACAUCAGUCGUGUUUCGAUGCAGACAGAAGAAAACUCAGCAGGCAUUUGCUGUGAAAACUCUGAAGAAAACUGUAGAUAAAAAAAUAAUUCGAACUGAAAUUGGAGUACUGCUUAGACUCUCACACCCUAAUAUUAUUAAACUGAAGGAGAUCUUUGAGACUCCAAUAGAGAUCAACUUGAUUCUGGAACUAGUCACAGGAGGAGAACUAUUUGACAGGAUUGUUGAGAAGGGAUAUUAUAGUGAAAGGGAUGCUGCUGAUGCUGUCAAACAAAUCCUGGAGGCAGUUGCAUAUCUGCAUGAAAAUGGAAUUGUUCAUCGUGAUCUCAAACCAGAGAAUCUUCUGUAUGCCACUCCUACACCAGAUGCACUGUUAAAAAUAGCUGAUUUUGGUCUUUCCAAAAUUAUGGAUGAACAAGUGACCAUGAAGACGGUAUGUGGAACUCCAGGAUAUUGUGCCCCUGAAAUUUUACGAGGCUGUGCGUAUGGUCCAGAGGUUGACAUGUGGUCAGUGGGAGUCAUCACCUACAUACUACUCUGUGGCUUUGAACCAUUCUACGAUGAAAGGGGAGAUCAAUAUAUGUUUAAGAAGAUCUUGAACUCUGACUAUGACUUUGUCUCCCCCUGGUGGGAUGAUGUUUCUCUUAAUGCAAAGGAUUUGGUCAAAAAGUUGAUUCUUUCGGAUCCCAAGAAACGUUUAACUACCUAUCAGGCUCUACAACAUCCCUGGGUAACCGGAAAAGCUACAAAUUUCAUACACAUGGAUAUCGCACAAAAAAAACUUCAGGAAUUCAAUGCACGCCGCAAAUUAAAGGCUGCAGUAAAAGCUGUGGUAGCAUCAUCGCGUCUUGGAAGUACGAGUAGUCAUAGCAGUCAGUUAAAUGCUAAGCUCGAUGAAAAUACAAAUGCUGUUGGAGAAAUAGAGGGGGCCGAUCAGGCACAACCGCUGGAGGGUGACACACAGCAACCACUGGAGGGUGACACACAGCAACCACUGGAGGGUGACACACAGCAACCACUGGAGGGUGACACACAGCAACCACUGGAGGGUGACACACAGCAACCACUGGAGGGUGACACACAGCAACCACUAGAGGGUGACACACAGCAACCACUGGGAGGUGAGACACAGCAACCACUGGAGGGCGACACAGAGCAGCCGUCGGAGGGUGACACAGAGCAGCCACCAGGGGAUGACACCAAUCAGUUGCUAGUGGGCAGUGCAGAGGAGCCAAUGGAGGGCAAUUCACAACAGGUGAUGGAAGACGAUGCACAGCAGCCAACAGAGAAUAAUUCACAGGAGCACAAGAGUUUUGUGGAAGGUUUGGAGCCAUCCAAAGGUGAUAUUCAGGUGACAGACUCAUAGGAAUUGGAGCAGGUGGAAAACGAUCCAUUGAAACAGCAAGAAGGAUAAGCGUUGUAGUUAAUUUUCAUAAAUAUUGUUAUGAAGCCUGUUCUUUAUUGCGCCAACCCUUUGAAAGGAAUGCUAUGCGUUAAAGGCCUAUGAUAUGGCUUUGCUUCCAUGUGGGUUAAUGCUAACUGUUACACUGAUGUACAGGCUGAUUAUAAUUCCACUGUCAUUUCUGCAUGUGAAUGCUUCAUUAAAACAUCAGUGGCCUGAAUGCAUUACAUAAUGCUAAAGUUUUUUUAAAAAAUGGGCUACCUAUUCAUAUGCUUUCAUUAGGAUUUUAGUCUGCUAAUUUUUUAGUACUUAUUGAUUUUAUAUCUAGGUUUGUGUCAUCAAAUCAAUACAUUGUUCUUGAAACUAAUUAUUUUUGUGAAUUAUUGUUAGGUUUAAAUGUUAAGAUUUAAAAACUUUUGCUAUCAUUUUGUGUUGCUGUUUAUUCUCCCUAGUUACUUCAGAUUGUUUGGGAAGUUUAGGCAUUUUAGUGUCUGUCAUAAAAGAUACAAAAUUUAAAUACUAAGCAAUUCCAUUAAGGUAUGAAAACAAUGCAGCUACAUCAGUCAUUAACUAUCUUGGCAACAGGUUGCAGUAGCUCUGUGAUAAUAAUUGAGAGUUUUUAAUAUGGUCAAAGUUACUCAACAUUUUUAACUAUUAUUCCAGCAGAAGCCACAGACAUUUUAUAAUGUACACUAUUUAUUUAGGGGCUUCUGACUCAUCAAUUGUUCAUAAUUUUGAAGUGUUUUUGGAUGUAAAAUAUUUCUGAUAUUUUUCUCUUUGUUCCACGUUGUCAGUCUUUAACAUCUGAUAAAAUUUAACAGAUUUAACAGCUGCAAUGUAUUGACACUGCAAAAUGUGUCAUAAAUGUUCUGCAUGGGAAACCCAAUAGCACAGCAAGGCUGUCUUCAGAUUAUAUUGUUGUAUAUGGAACAAUCCACUGCACGUUGUGUGGAACGAUGCUUUGAAACAUCUAAACAUUUUUGAAAAAUCCUGGCAUGCUGACAAGGUACUGAUACAAUAAAAAAAUUUAACUAAAUGAAGACUCUGUUUUUGCAACCAAAUUCCAAUUUCACCAAUAAUAGUUUUGAACAUUUUGAAUUGUGAUCAUGAAUUUCAGUGAUAAUUAAAUAAAAUAUGCACCGAGCAUGUCAGAACAUGCGU